CCUGUGGAAAGCCAUCUCCAUCCCUGUUUCCAUCUCCAUCCCCUUCCCUGUUCCUGUUCCCAUCCCCAUCUCCAUCCUCAUCCCUGUCCCUGUUCCCAUCAUCAUUCUCAUCCCCUUCCCCCUUCCUGUUCCCAUCCCCAUCUCCAUCCUCAUCCCCAAUCCCAUAUCCAUCCUCAUCCCUGUCUCCAUCCCCUUCCCCAUUCCUGUUCCCAUCCCCGUCCCCGUUCCCAUCUCCAUCCUCGUCCCCAUCCCUGUUCCCAUCACCAUUCUCAUCCCCAUCCCCGUUCCCAUAUCCAUCCUCAUCCCCAUCUCCAUCCCCAUCCUUGUCCCCAUCCCCGUCCCCAUCCCCGUCCCUGUCUCCAUCCCCAUCCCUAUUCCCAUCCCCAUUCUCAUCCCUGUCCCCGUUCCCAUCCCCAUCCCGCCUGUGCUCCUCAUGGGGCCAGGCCUCCUCCCACUGCUCCAGCCCGGCUCGGCUUCCUCUUCCUCUUCCUCUUCCUCACCUGUGCCCGAGCUGGCAGGCGGCAGUCAGCUGAGGCGGCCAGGCCCCUCCCCGGGCGCCGGCCGGAUAAAACCCCGGGGCUCGGGGCGAAGGGCAGCGCCGGAGCCGGGAGCUGGGAGCCGGGAGCUGGGAGCCGGGAGCUGGGAGCUGCCUGCAGGUGCAGCCGCGGGAAGCAGCGAUGGCGACUCUGUACCCCUCCCUCGAGGACCUGAAAGGCCACCAGAUUUUGGAGGCGCAGGCGAGCGCCGGCAUCCGGACCCCCCCCACGGCGGCCGUCGUGGACAAGCCGAGUCUUUCCUCCGGCCCCACGGCGCCCGCGCUCUACCCCGACCUGGCCGCGCUGGAGGAUUACAUGGGCCUCUCCCUCGCCAGCGAGGAGAUCCAGAAAAACCUGGUCCCGGCAGGCAGUGCCGCGCUGGUGGCCGCGGGGCCGGCGCCGGGGCAGCUCGUGGCCCCGCUGAGCGGCAGCGACGCGGGGCUGCGGCGGGCGGCGAUCAAGCCGGGGCUGCGGGAGAUCCACCUGUGCAAGGACGAGCGGGGCAAGACGGGGCUGAAGCUGAAAAACGUCGACCAGGGCAUCUUCGUGCAGCUGGUGAAGGCCAACUCGCCGGCGGCGCUGGUGGGGCUGCGCUUCGGCGACCAGGUGCUGCAGCUCGACGGCAAGAGCUGCGCCGGCUGGAGCAGCGACAAGGCGCAGCGGGCGCUGAAGAAGGCCUCGCCGGAGAAGAUCGUCAUGGUGGUGCGGGACAGGCCCUUCCAGCGCACGGUCACCAUGCACAAGGACAGCAGCGGCCACGUCGGCUUCGUGGUCAAGAAGGGGCAGAUCGUGUCGCUGGCCAAGGACGGCUCCGCCGCCCGCAACGGCCUCCUCACCCACCACUACGUCUGCGAGGUGAACGGCCAGAACGUCAUCGGGCUGAAGGACAAGGAGCUCAUGGAGGUGCUGGCCGGGACCGGGCGCGUGGUCACGCUGACCAUCAUCCCCGCCGUCAUCUACGAGCACAUGGUCAAGCGGCUCUCGCCGGCGCAGGCGAAGGCGACCAUGGACCGCUCCCUCCCCGACCUCUGAGCACCAGGACAGGGCAUCCCCGGCCCCCCCGGCGCGGAGCAGCCCCUUCGGCCCGAGCCCCCCCGGCAGCUCCGCGGACGCCAAACGCCGGCUCCAGCGCAAGCAGACACAGACCCAGCGACGUUUAUUGCGGCCACCACACACAGCGCUUACAGGACAGCGGAAACCAGAGAAGGGGGGUUACAGCUUUUUAAGCUCUGUAUUUAAAAAAUAUAUUAUAUAGAUUUGUCUUUCAAA